AUGCCGAGUGGAACUCCAGAAAAGAAGAAAAUUGAGACAAACGAUGGAGGCGCCAAAAUCAUCCCAGACGCUGCAGAUGGCCUGGCUUGCAACGGAUGCCGCAAGGCGAAGUUGCGCUGCUCACGCGACCGACCAUAUUGCCUACACUGUCGGAAAACGGCGCUGGAGUGCGUUUACGAAACCAAGCGGGUCAAGCCAGGGCUAAAGGCGGGAGCUGUGGACAACCUCCAUAGGCGACUCGAUGAUUUAGAGCGGCGGAUUAAUGAAGGAGAGUCGAGCAGCCCGAACCAUGAACACACGAGAUGCCAACGCAACCACACAGUCGCCAAUGAUGGCAUUGGCGAAUCAAGCGCCCGCGACGUUCUUGCUCUGCUAGCGAAGGAGCUCCCGAAGCUAGUCAAUGCACCCAAGGAGAAUAUAAACCCGAGUACAGCAUUCAGCGAACGGCGCAGCAAACGCAAAAGGCUCGACGAGGGACUCGAUACAUUCAACACCGCUUUUUUGAACGAAGAGCCCCCCUUGCCUGAAAAGCAGCUUCUAGAAGCAAUUGUGACUUCCUACUUCCUUCACGUUCAUCCUUGGAUUCCAAUGAUUCACCAAGCAAGAUUUCUUCAACGAUUCAGCAACGAAAUGGACCAGAAGCAGCUCUUAGUUAUCCUACAUGCCAUGAUCCUGGCUGCAUCCAAGUUCGUACCCGGUGCCUGGGCAUUCGCACGAGACGAACGCGCUCGCAAGUGGGUUUUGUACACUUCAAUGGAAAGUUUAUCUCUUGAAAAUCUACAAGCACUCACAAUUGUUGCAUUUAACGACCUUGGAAGUGGCAACGCCGCGAAAACUUGGUCUGUAAUCGGUUCCCUUACGCGCACGGUCGAGUACACGCAGUUGGCACAGGAGCAGGAAGAUAGCGGCCACGGAUCUUUUUGCCAUCCUUACGAAUCCCUGCCACGCACAGAUGACUGCACGCAACUCGAGGAACGGCGGAGAGUCUUCUGGAACGUGUUCCUUCUAGACAGGUUUUGUUCAGUCACUAUGGGCUGGAACACGAGCUUAACCUCGGAUGAUGUCUAUCGAAGGCUACCGUGCGACGGUCAUUUAUGGAGAAAGGAGAAGCCUGUCCUCACGCCAUACUUUGGCAUUUGGGACAAGUCGAGAGGUCGUAUCGGCAAUCCAAUCGAAUAUGUGUCUCGCUACCCAUCGCCAACUCAGUUUGGAAAUGAUGCCGAACUGCACACUCAAGCAAGAAUUACUGCCCUCGAAGGUGCCAUAUCUAAUGUCUCAACCGAUAUGUCCACUGUCGGUGCCUUCGCAUACAAUAUCGAAGCAACCGAGUCCAUGAGCCGCGUCAUGAGCUAUUUUCUACAGCAAAAGACGAACAUGCGCGAUCAAAGUGAGAUAAGCUGUUGGCUUACUCGGUUCAAAGAGCUAGAUUUGAGGCUCGUCCAUUGGAAGAUGCUACUUCCGCAGAAAUGGAAGGCUAACCCGAACCUUACGAGACAUGUACCGCUUAUGGAUCCUAACCUUACUAUGGCGCAUGUUACGCACAAUACGUCCAUGAUAUUGCUACACCAGCUCAUCGCGUAUCCACCAUUACACUGGGGCUUUCGCAAUAGACUACCCAGCAGCUGUAGCGCAGAGGCAUGUUACUCGGCUGGUACCGAGAUCGCGGCGAUCACUGAAAAGUACCUCGGAAGGUCGCCAGCUGGGUCACCCAUCGGUAGCCAGUACGCUUUCUGCCUAUUCAUUGCUGCGAGGAUACUGCUCGCUAACUGGAAAUAUACGCCUGGUAAUGAAUUACCGUCAGAAUUCUGGUCUCUCAUCCACAGCCUCGAAGAAAUGUCCAGACGGUGGACUGCCUUUGCUGAGAUUCCGCUUGAGAAGCACGAUAUCUUUACAAAGUACGCUGUCCGGUUGAAGCAGCUGCAACGACUUUGUGCAACGGAUCAGGCGUUUCAAAUGAACGUCAUGGAUUAUACAAUCGACAUUCGUCAUGAUAGUUUGACUACCCCCGCGGACACCUAUCCCAGGUGGUCACAAGUUUUGCAGCCCGCAGCACUUCAGGAGAUGAAUUUGACGUUACCCAAUCCACCUGAUUCCGCAGAUUUCAGUACUAUCCCGCAGAUAAUGCUUGAUCAGGAUUUCACGGGGAUGGAUCGUAUAAUCACUUUCGACGAUGGCAGCAUGUUUGCGGCCUCUUUUGAUCCUGGAGCUGCCGCGUGGUAACAAACAGUAUAGUGGGUUAAAUAUCCGAGUUAUCCUGGAUUACUGUAUUUCGUUUUAUACUGAGCACCAGGGCGGGGCUGUGAGUCUGAGUCUCUUACUUUGUCUGAGCUAAGCGCCGCACAUUGAACAGACGGGAUUUCACUUCUUAUUGACUUAAUUGAUGAACUGCAUUGCUGACACGUGCGUCCCUGAUAUGACUAUUCCAAAGUUCCAGC